AUGACUAGCAGAGCAAAUGUGAAUGGAGUGGCACGGCUUCAGGAGCAGAUCAAAGCAAUCCAGCAAAGAGAAGCAAUAGUGGAUCAAAAGUUGCUGGAAACGAGCAGGUUGAUUGAUCAGCAAUCAAUGGCUGCAGUAGAGGAGUUUCCUCUUGAUCCCAAUGGUGUGAUCACAAGUGAGGAACCAGAGCAAGUGCAAGAGUGGACAGAACAACUGAAGGAUUUCUUCAGUGUUGAUGACCGUUGUGGAGGUAGGUGUCAACAAACGUGGCCACGCUACAUUGAGAAGGCCUAUCCAUGGAUGCUGGGGUGGUCGCUGGAGGCAAUGCUUGUUGCGCUUCUCAUCAGGACCCACCAUCACAGAAGAAAUGGACGGUGCUGGUUACAAUACUUGGAAGUAUUUGCAGGAAAGGGUAACCUUUCAAGGGCUGCCAUAGAAGCAGGUCUGCAGGGGGCAUCGUUGGACAUAGAGAUGAACCAGGACCACGACAUUCUACAGGCGUAUGGACUCAAGCUGCUUUUGUCUUGUCUGACAGCCACUGUGGCGGGGGCAUUGUUGUGGGUGGCUACACCAUGCUCUACCUUUGUCAUCCUUUCAUCAUCGGUCUGCAAGCGGACUUUUGAAAACCAAUAUCUUGGUGACAUCCAGCGGUAUUGUGUGCAGGAAGGCAACGUUUUAGCUGACUUGAGUGGUCUUGUACUCCUCCUGGGCUUUUUGCUAUCUCUGAAGGACGGCAUGGAACAGCCAUCGAGUAGCGUGAUGCCCUGCACGCCUGCAAUCCGUGCAGUGUUGGAGUACAUUGGGGGAAGGAAAACGGAAACCUUUCACUUCAACUUCGGAGCUCCAACAUUAAAGCCAUUACAACUAUGGAGCAGCUGCCCAUACAUGACAAGAAUGAAAAGGGAUCGACCAUCAGUGGCAUGUAUAGAAGCAUCAGCGCUUGCUGAAAAAGAUCAGACUUCAGGUGGUUUCACUGGACGGAAGGAGCUACUGAAGGAGUCACAGGAAUACACCUUGGAGUUUGGCCGCAGUGUGAUUUCUGCUCUGCUGGAGGCACGGAGGCCCUGA